AUGGGCAAGAAUCAGAACUCGAAUGGGCAUGAUUCUACGAAACAUACCUCGAAAAGCGUGGAGCAGACGAAAUACAAAGUGAAUGAAACAUUCGCAGACUCCGAAGAUGAGUUCUUCGCCGGACGAGAUCAAAUUUUACUUGACGAUGGCCCUUCCAGCAAACGGCGAAAACUCCAUGAAGAUGAUGCAUUCUUACAGCUCUCAGACGAAGAAGUCCUAGAUUAUGACGAAGACGACGACACCGAAGAUGACAUUCCUGAAUCAGAUGGCGAGGCUUCAGCAUUCGAGAGACCAGACGAGGAAGGGGAGGAGGAGGACAAUUUGCGAGACUGGGGAACCUCCAAAGCCGACUACUACAACGCAGAUGCCAUUGAGACGGAAGCUGACGCACUCGAGGAAGAGCGGGAGGCACGCAGACUUCAGCAGAAGCAGCUCCAGAAAUUGAGUGAAGCGGACUUUGGUUUCGACGAAAAUCGAUGGAUGGAGGAAGACAGUGCAGGGAUUGAGUUGCGGAGGGAUACUUUCACGGAACGACUGCCAGAGCUGGAAAUCAAAGAAGAUGCAUCUUCGGAAGAGAAGGCCCAAAUCCUGAAAAGCAGAUAUCCAGAAUUCGAGCCGCUUGCAAAGGAUUUUGUGGAGCUCCAAAAUUUGCACGAAGAACUGACUUUAGCUGCAAAGGCAGCAGAGGCAGUUGUUAAGGCGAAGGGUUCUUCAAGGAAGGGCGAGAACGGGGCCAUUGUGGAAGAUUUGCUGGUGCACGAGACACCUAUUGCUACGAUCAAGUUAAGGGCUCUGUCUACGUAUCUUGGGACAAUUGGAAUGUAUUUCGCGUUGUUAACCUCCACAACGAAUCCUGCCUCUUCGAACGCGCUUGCUUUGUCACCGGCCGAGCUUCGAGAUCAUCCAAUUGUUCAUAGUCUUUUCCGGGCAAGACAGCUAUGGGAAAAUAUCAAGGAUACUCCUUUACCAGAACUCCAGGCCGUGGCCAGAGAAGCGGAGUCGGGUACUCUGAUAGAAGCUGAGCCGGAGCCCCGUAUGAACGGAGCGAGCAUACCGAAUUCCAUGAAUGAUGACUACGUUGCAAAGAAGAAGAGGAGAACGAAGACGGAAAGAGCAGCUACAAAGGCACAGGAGCUGGUCGAAGCUAAAAGACAACUGCAGAUGAAAAGGACCGAGGCUAAACUUGCCGACCUAGAUGUCCUUUUAUUGACCAAGCGAAAAGAGGCGAGGCUCAAGGAUAUCGGGAGGAAGAGCAAUGGGGAGGAGAACUCCGAGUUCGGCGAUGAAGAAGCCCUUACAGCACAAGAAGUAGCCGAAAAGGCCCUCAGAAAGAAGAGUCUUCGCUUUUACACUUCCCAAAUUGCGCAAAAGUCCAACAAACGUGGUGCUGCUUCCAGAGAUGCAGGUGGAGAUGCAGAUCUGCCAUAUAAGGAGCGACUGAAGGAUCGCCAAGCAAGAUUGAUGCGCGAAGCCCAGCGGAAAGGGCAAUCUCAGGCUGGGGAAAAUGAGCGUUUAGGUAGCGAGGCCAGCGGUGACGAGGCAGAAGACAUUCGAUUGGCCAAAGAGGUCAGAGGUGACGGUGUUGACGAAGAUGACUACUACGAUAUGGUAUCUGCUCGUACGAAGCAGAAAAAGGACGAAAGGAAAGCAUUGGCUGAAGCUCAGGCUCAAGCUGUUAAGGAAGGCGGCCAAGUCUAUAUUGAAGAAGAGGUAGGACCAGAUGGGAAGCGGGCAAUCACCUAUGCCAUCUCCAAGAAUAAAGGACUGGCGCCCAGACGAAAGAAGGAGAUCCGUAAUCCUCGCGUAAAGAAAAAGAUGCGGUAUGAAAAGGCGAAAAAGAAGCUUGGGAGUAUCCGUCCGAUUUACAAGGGUGGAGAAGGGAGAGGUGGUUACGGCGGAGAGCUGACAGGCAUCAAGACCAAUGUUCUGAAGGGUGUGAAGCUAUAG